AUGGAUCUUUCGUUCUCAUACAAACAUUCAGAACAGACCAAGUAUAUGGUCGACAAUAUGGUCAAGAAACAAUAUGAGAUUUUGUAUACAAGUGCGAAAAUAAGUCUGGUGAAAUUGUCAAUGUUUGAGCCGUCGAUGGCUUUGUCAACACAGUUUCGAAUGGUUAUGGACAAUAUGCCCUGUUGUACUUACUCGAAGGAAGCGGAAAAAUACAUUUUCGAUUACAUUUUUGGCUAUUUUGGUUUUGCCUAUGUAACUGAAAUCAUGUUGGGCGGCAUUGCACAGCAGAAUAUGUUUAUUGACCAGGUAAACAUCACCACCAUCGAACAGAAAGGCUAUGAACGAUCAGACGAAGCACAAAUUGAAUUCUAUGUUAAAUUGAACGUCAAAGACACGUACAAAUAUGAUAAGACAAAACAUGAUGAGUUUAUGAAAUAUGUAAAAGAUACCUACGUCACCAUUCUAGGUGGCGAUACACACAUUCAAACGUUGGAUGAAUGGCAAAGACGAUUGAAAUGA